UAAAAGACUGCAGCACUAUUUUGGUCAUUUGUGCGAGAUCACUUCAAAGCCGCUCUUAUCAGUUAGGGUUAGGGAUCGAAAGCCUCCAUUACUACGAGACGAGGCCGCUGGAUUUCUGAGGCGACGGAGUUGGGCAGUGGGAAUUGAUGGCUCCUGCACAGCCAAAGACCGGCCUUUUUGUUGGGCUCAACAAAGGGCAUAUCGUCACCAAACGUGAGCUGCCACCUCGUCCGUCAAGCAGGAAAGGGAAAACUAGCAAGAGGGUUCAUUUUGUGAGGAACUUGAUCAGGGAGGUUGCGGGGUUUGCUCCUUAUGAGAAGAGGAUAACUGAGCUUCUGAAAGUUGGAAAGGAUAAACGUGCACUAAAGGUGGCAAAAAGAAAGUUGGGUACACACAAAAGAGCUAAGAAGAAGAGAGAGGAGAUGGCUAAUGUUCUCAGGAAGAUGAGAUCUGCAGGUGUUUCUGAGAAGAAAAAGUGAGGAUUUUCUCAAAAUGCCAGUAAUAUGGAGCUGCUGGAGCUUUUGUUUCUUUGGAAACGAAAUCCUUUCUCCUAGAAUUAUCUUUGUUUGAGUUUAUAGAUAGUCUAAAUCUAUGUUGGCAUGUAAGUGGUCUUGAUCUUCAAAUUCCUGUGUCUAGAAAAUUUUCUGUUUUGAACUCUCGUUGAAUUUUUCCCUUUUUUUCCAUGAAAUCUGAAGCGAUUAUUUCUGAAUUUUGAAGUCUUUUUAAUAA